GUCUUCUGAAAGCAAAGCACAUGCGAAGCCUUGACGUACCUACUGCCGCAUCCUGAGACAAGAAAUUCUCAUGUGGUGUACAGUGAAGACUAUGAUACGUGAGAACUCACUGGACAUCGACCAGCUUUGAAGAAACAGGUUUGUUCUUUGAGGCGGGCUGAAUAUUUGCUAGAGCUAGCUGCUUGCAGCUCAGCUUGAAGCUUUGCGUGCUCCGCGCCAUUCUCUAGCUUGCCAGGAGUCAGCCAGGAUGGGCUGAAUAUUUCGAACGUCUUUUGAAGAAGAAAAGCAAUCAGGUCGUGCUGGGCUGAAACCAAGGAUAUAAAGCACACCAGCAGACCAUAAUCCAAGGUGUUGAGUCGGUGAACUGCUCAGAAUAAGGGGACGUGCUUCAGCUUGAGCAGGACUGCAAACAAAAAAGCACGUUGCUUUGGACAUUCGCUGUACCGGGCAUCAUUUUCCUGGGCCUGACAGGAGCUGAAAUACUUUUCUUAGGUUUAGGAGCAGCUGGAAACGAGCUCAAGUGCGGCGUAGCCAAACGUGGCAAUGGCAGAGGACACCACUCUAAAGUUUGCAAAAAUCGCAGAGUCUGAGCGGAAGUCUGCGGCAUUGCUGGAAAUGAAGCAACGGUAUGAUAAGCUGGUGGAAGAAAACAAGCUCUUGCUGGAGGAAAGAGAGGCCAGCCAACAGGAGACGUACGAGGUGGCUGAGUACCUGAGAAAAGAACUGGCCAGAAAGAAUGAUCGUAACAAGGAGCUCGAGGCUCACCUAGAGGAGCAAGACCGGAGGCUCCAGCUCAUCCGGCAAGAGUGCCAAGCGGAGUCGCAGCGCCAGUUGGAUGCCACGACGCGCGAGUACGAAAUCACUUUGCAUGGGCUGAAGACAGAACUAGAGGUGUUCCAACUGGAAGCCGCAAAGGCGAGGCUUCGCCAGGCCAGGAGCACGACGCCCCCGACAAAUCCGGAAGAGGUUCCCAAGGACGACAAAGUGAGCGUGGAAGAGCUGGCGGCGCUGGAGCGGAAGUUUAUAGAGCAGCAGGUGGCGCUGCGCAAGGAGUACGAGCAGCGCGUCGAGGAGCUCAAGCGCAAAUUUGAGGAGGAUGUGGACGAGAGGAUGGACUCUUCGGUCAAGCGCAUUUUGCAGACUAACCAGCGCAUGAAGGACGAACUGCAACUGCAUAUGGAGGAAACGGCGUCGCUGCAGCGCGAAAACAGCGCGCUCGCGGGCGAGAACAAGCGGCUCGCGCGUGAGGUGGAGCUGCGCGCGCAGAGGGAGGCCGAGUUCGCGAAGCGGGGGAGCAAGCAAGCGCGGGACGUCAAGGAAACGACGGCGAAGGUUCGGAGUCUCGAGAAGAGUUUGGGUCAAGUGGUGGGCGAUUUUGAGAUGGAGCGGCAGCGGUGGGAGGCGCGGCGACGCGAGGAGGCCGCGCAAACCAAGGUAGAAGCCGACGGGUUACGGCGGCUGGUCGCCCUCAAGACCAAGGAACUGAAGAACAUCAGGAAACUGGCGCAGGACGUCAUCCGGCAACGCGGUGACGUAGAGCACUUCCUCAUCUCGUCCAUUGAGUACGUCAAGGCGCAGAUUGCCUUCGAGAAAAUGGAUGGCAAGGAGAACGGCGCCCCCGCGAUCGCGGCCGCGUCAGCGCCUUCAAAACCCUCAAAUACACCCUCCGUGCGAGUGCAAGAUUCGACGAGCACGGUGGGCAGUAACGGGUCACACGGCGCUCAGAAAAGGAGCGGGUUAAAAGGGGCUAAGGGGCAAAGCCAUGGGGAAAUGGAAGUCAACAAGCUCCCGGAUAUUAGGCCACAGGUUCCGCUUCCGGUCGAGGCAGCGGAAAGCAGCGGCGGAAUAAACGGGGGCUCCUCUUCAACCCGGGUGGCUUUAGAAGAGGAAGCAGAGUUACCGACGAAUCGCAGCAACGAAGUUUCCGAGGGACUGUUGCGAGCGGUCGAGGAUAUGACGUCAGCGAAGCGGCGCUCGGAGGAGCCACGUGUCGCGUUCUCACAGGCUGCUUCCGACCGGUCCCACGGGCGCGUUUCGAACGUCGAAGAGGACGUAGCGGUCGCUGGCAAGAGCCUGGAUCGACGGCGGAAGCCGCGGGUGGACAUUUCGGAGCUGACGUGGGCGGACCGGGAGAAAGUUCUAAGGUUAUUGUUUGCGAGGAUAAACAGCGCGUAUCAGCCAUCGUAUUUUGGGGCGCCGCCCCCGGUGGAGCAGGAAGACAGCCAGAGUUGGACACGUGGACCAACGAGCGUACUGGGCAGGCCGGAUAUGGUGUAGUGACGGUGUAACGGGCGGCCUGGUCAUCGCCAUUGUUAUGACAGAUCAGGCUAUUCCACUUCAUGGAAAGUCUCUGGCAACGGGCAAAGUUAAUCCGGAACGAUGCAGUGUGCACACUACGCUAGCAUACGUCUUGCGAAGGCGAGGUUUGCGUCAAGGCGCGUGCUGUUGGAUGUACAAAGCAAGAUAUCUGUUGCGUCCGAUUGAUUUUGAACGGAACGAGGACAUUUCAAGCUGGGCCUGG